GCCACGGCUGCAGAACCGGCGCUUGCACGGACUAUAAACUACCUCCACACUGUACCAAGACAGAGGUGAGCGUGGGAUCCUGUCCAACGCAUUGCACAAGGUGCCAUAUUUCCCACCCGACAUGUAGUCCAGCAGCGUGGGAAAUCACAGCGGUAGAAGAAGAAGAGGCGUGUGGGAAGGAUGAUGCCAUGAAAAUGUCAACAGCCCACUAAGAUCACGAACAAGGCGGCGGUGCACGAUGAUGAUGGACCCAAGUGCAAGGUAGCGUCCGCCACGAGAGUCCACGGAGACCUCUUGUAGUCGCUUUCGGGUGGAGGAUGGAUUUCAGACGGCUCCGGAACAUAAUCAGCAGAUACUGCGUGGGGGAGGAGAUCUGGGUCGACAGUCGGACAGUCUACAUCGGCCAUAAAGAACCCCCUCCGGGAGCUGAGGCCUACAUCCCUCAGCGUUACCCCGACAACCGUAUCGUGUCCUCAAAGUAUACCUUCUGGAACUUCAUCCCCAAGAACUUGUUUGAACAGUUCCGAAGAAUUGCCAACUUUUACUUUUUGGUCAUAUUUCUUGUCCAGCUCAUCAUCGACACCCCCACCAGCCCAGUCACCAGUGGCCUGCCCCUCUUCUUUGUUAUCACUGUUACCGCCAUCAAACAGGGCUACGAGGAUUGGCUGCGGCACAAAGCCGACUGUUCCAUCAACGAAUGUCCGGUGGACGUGGUGCAGCGGGGGAAGGCGGUGAGGACGCAGAGUCACAAGCUGAGGGUGGGCGACAUCGUGGUGGUGAGGGAGGAUGAAACGUUCCCAUGUGACCUUAUCCUGCUCUCAUCCAGCCGACAAGAUGGCACCUGCUAUGUCACCACCACCAGCCUGGAUGGGGAGUCUAGUCAUAAGACCUACUACGCCAUACCAGAUACCAUGGCCUUUAGGACGGACCAAGAGGUGGAUUCCCUACAUGCCACCAUCGAAUGUGAACAACCUCAGCCUGACCUCUACAAAUUUGUGGGACGUAUCAAUAUUUACAAGGAGAAAGAAGAGCCUGUUGUGAGACCACUUGGUGCCGAGAACUUACUACUCAGAGGUGCAACAUUAAAAAACACACAACAUAUUUGUGCCGUUGCCAUCUAUACCGGCAUGGAGACCAAGAUGGCGCUCAAUUAUCAGUCAAAAUCACAGAAGCGCUCCGCCGUCGAAAAGUCCAUGAAUGCCUUUCUGAUUGUCUAUCUGUGCAUCCUGAUCAGUAAAGCAGCCAUCAAUACUAUUCUCAAAUAUGCCUGGCAGUGGUCUCCAGAUCGGGACGAGCCCUGGUACAACCGUAGAACUGAGAACGAGCGACAGCGACACGUGGUGAUUCGAGCUUUCACCGAUUUCCUGGCCUUCACCGUGUUGUUCAAUUACAUCAUCCCCGUGUCCAUGUACGUCACGGUGGAGAUGCAGAAAUUCCUGGGUUCCUACUUCAUCACGUGGGAUGAGGAGAUGUUUGAUGAGGAGUUGGGAGAGGGGGCCCAAGUCAACACCUCUGACCUCAAUGAGGAACUGGGUCAGGUGGAAUAUGUUUUUACUGAUAAGACGGGCACUCUGACGGAGAACAACAUGGAGUUCAUCGAAUGCUGCGUAGAUGGGAACGUUUACAUUCCGCACGCCAUCUGUAACGGUCAAAUCCUCAGCGCUGCCUCCAGCAUAGACAUGAUCGAUUCCUCACCUGGUGGAUACCGCAGAGAGCAUGAGGACCUGUUUUUCCGAGCAUUGUGUCUGUGUCACACGGUGCAAGUGAAAGAGGAGGAGACGGUGGACGGCAUCAAGAAGGGCAUCCAUCAGGGCCGACCCACCUCCUUCUACAUCUCCUCCUCCCCGGAUGAGGUCGCUUUAGUGGAGGGAAUGAAAAGGCUAGGUUACACCUACCUGAGACUGAAAGACAACUACAUGGAGAUUUUGAACAAAGACGACGAGAUUGAAAGGUUUGAGCUGCUUCAUGUGCUCAACUUUGACUCUGUGAGGAGGAGAAUGAGCGUCAUUGUUAGGACAAGCUCAGGAGAAUACCUGCUCUUCUGCAAGGGUGCUGACUCUGCCAUUUUUCCUCUGGUGGUAUCUGGCAAGGUGGAACAGGUGAAGGCACGGGUGGAGCAAAAUGCUGUGGAGGGCUUGCGAACCCUGUGCGUGGCCUACAAGAAGCUGUCGGAGUCCGAGUACCAAGAGGCGUGUCGCCAUCUGACCGACGCCAAGCUGGCCCUGCAGGAGAGGGAGCAGAGGCUGGCUGAGGCUUAUGACAUCAUCGAAAGAGACUUUGUGCUCCUGGGUGCCACGGCGGUAGAGGACAGGCUCCAGGAGAAGGCGGCAGACACCAUUGAGUCACUGCACAAGGCGGGAAUAAAAGUUUGGGUGCUGACCGGGGACAAAAUGGAGACGGCGGCGGCCACCUGCUAUGCCAGCAAGCUGUUUCGUCGGAGCACUCAGAUCCUGGAGCUGACCAAGAAGCGCACAGAAGAGCAGAGUCUGCAUGAUGUUCUUUUUGAGCUCAACAGGACAGUUCUCAGACAGCGAUCCAUUUCUGGGCUGUCUGUGGACUGCCUGGAUUUCGGUCUGAUUAUUGACGGGGCCACGCUGUCGGCUGUCCUCAAGCCCAAGCAGGACAGCGCCGGCCACGGCAACUACCGCGAGAUCUUCCUGGAGAUUUGUCGAAACUGCAGCGCAGUGCUGUGCUGUCGCAUGGCGCCGCUGCAGAAGGCGCAGAUCGUCAAGCUGAUCAAGGCCUCCAAGGAGCACCCAAUUACCCUCGCUGUUGGCGAUGGAGCCAAUGAUGUCAGCAUGAUUUUAGAAGCGCACGUGGGCAUCGGGAUAAUGGGCAAAGAGGGGCGCCAGGCUGCCAGGAACAGCGACUACGCCAUCCCCAAGUUCAAACAUCUGAAGAAAAUGUUGCUAGUUCACGGUCACUACUACUACAUACGCAUCGCUGAGCUCGUCCAGUACUUCUUCUACAAGAAUGUAUGCUUCAUCUUCCCGCAGUUCCUCUACCAGUUUUUCUGCGGAUUCUCCCAGCAGCCUCUGUACGACACGGCCUAUUUGACCUUGUAUAACAUCAGCUUCACGUCACUGCCCAUCCUCCUCUACAGCUUGGUGGAGAAGCAUGUCACCAUGGACACACUUAAACGGGAGCCCUCCUUGUACAGGGAUAUUGCCAAGAACUCCCUCCUCCGCUGGCCAGUCUUCUUGUACUGGACAUGUUUGGGCGUGUUUGACGCAGUGGUCUUCUUCUUUGGUGCCUACUUCCUGUUUGACAACACCACCUUCACCAGCAAUGGCCAGCUCAUGACCACCAACACGCAGAUGAUGUUUGGCAACUGGACCUUCGGGACUCUGGUUUUCACUGUGCUGGUGUUCACUGUGACACUUAAGCUCGCCUUGGACACGCACCACUGGACCUGGAUCAAUCAUUUUGUUAUCUGGGGCUCUCUACUUUUUUAUGUGAUCUUCUCUCUUCUCUGGGGAGGCAUCAUUUGGCCCUUCCUUAACUACCAGAGGAUGUAUUACGUCUUCAUGCAAAUGCUGUCCAGCGGGCCUGCCUGGCUUAGCAUCAUUCUGCUGAUCACGGUCAGCCUGCUUCCUGAUGUCAUUAAGAAGGUCCUCUGCAGGGCUAUGUGCCCGACAGCUACAGAGCGUGUUCAGGAUCGGGACAAGUUGUCAUGGGAUGACAUGGCCAAGCUCCCGUCCCGCCGCUCCUACGAAGGCGCGAGCGUCGACUCCUCUCAGCUUCAUCUUGGCGCCGUGGAGACGCUGCCGCUUCGCGCUUCCGACCCCCUUCCCCAAAAACUCUUGGCGCACUUGGCAGAAGGGGGGAGGGCAAACUUGCGCUCCCUCAGCCCGUGCACGCUCCGCCUUUCCGGGGCGGGGAUUGCCUACUAUGCUCCGGGGCCAGAAACGUCUGUCUGAAGCUCCAACUUUAGUCAUCAUCUCAAGGGUGAGAAUUUACACAACACACAAGCUCACCGUUUGGCCUGGCGUAGUGUCAUCCAAACACCCACCACAUUCUUUUGCUUUUCUGACAUCUUCUGCAUAUUUGAACAAACAAUUGGCAAGAUACUCUCCAGCCUGUUGGUACAAUGACGUCUUUGUUAUUUUGUGUCAAAAUUUGUAUGUACAAUACACUCGAUGUGUAUGUUCACUAUGUGGUCUGGCCAAGUAAGGGCUGCCGUCCAGCUCAGCCCUUUAGGUGUGCGUGUAUGUACGUUUUCUAUGUGACACACCUUUGCCUUACAGGUAAAACACACAGCAGCAGGCUAGAAGCCAAAGGUGUUCAAAAAAGAAAGGAAGUGGUCUAUUACACACACACACACACACACAAAAACACCUCGUGCUAUUCAAAUGGGGGGCAAAAAAAAAAAAUAGAGGGAUGUGCAGUAUUGUCGCCACCCUGCCUUAAUUCAUACAUGCCUGCUUACAGUAGUUUCCGUGGGACACUUAUUUUCACUAUUCCAUCUCACCUCUGUGUCCUUGCAUGUCUCAACUCUUUGCAUGGUGAUGUGUGUAGCCAGGACUGAAGUAUUUUUGUCUACCAUGUAGCCUGAUGGCACUAAGGAGUAUUAAGGCCACACUGAAAACAUGUAAAAAUCAUUUUACAAGAAUAAAAUCAUCGGGUUUCAAAAUUGAGUUGAUAAAUUCAGUAGAACUUUAGUUUGUUAGAUGAACAAUUUUACAAAGCUGUGCUACCCUUUUUAAGGUGACAAGAUCAAAGUCAAAUGAUAUACAUCCGUAAAAAUACAAAUUUUCACUGAAAUAAAUAUUCAAAUAUAAUGUUUAAUUAUUUCAAAGCAAAACAGAUAUGUUUACAAAAAAAAAGAUUGUGGCUUUAAAAAUAAGCAUAAUUUAUGAGAGAAAAAUAAUGGUUUAAUAAGAAAAGAUUGUAAUUUCAGGAGAAUAAAAUUGAUGGAAAAUUACCAGGGAAAAGUUGCAAAGAAUAAAGCCGCAAUAUUACUAAGGUCAAAAUAUUUAUGAGGGUGGUUGUAAUCGAGAAAGUCUCUUAUUUUACAACAGAAUGAGAAUAUUCUCUUUUUAGUAGUGUUUCAAGUUUUCAUUUGACCAAAUAAUGUAGUCAUAUUAUGAGAACAAAUCUAUAUCUAUACCUUCCCUCUUGUUUUAUUAUGACUUAUUCUCCUUACAUCAUUAGUCUCAUUUUCUAUGUAAAAUUGCAACUUUUAAAGAAAGACAAAUUUACAGAAAAUCAUGUCGCUGUGGCUUUAAUACUCUUUCCAAGCAGAGUGAUGGUUACAGCCGCUCUCAGAGUGACUGUCUAUUACUUCCGGAUGAUUUUGUGCCCUUUGUAUGUUCUGCAGAAACUAAUGUCACGUCUGAAAGAAAUGUUCCUUUUGUUCCCCUGUCUUGGUGGCAGUCACUAUCGAUGACUGAUGUAACUUGACACGUGAUGGAUGAUGUGCGGUACUCAGCAGGAAGACUUGAAUAGGCGAUGUCACAAUCAAUCAGUAGAAUGUCAAACCAAUUUGUCCGUCAUGAUCUCCAGCUGACGAUUGUAGCUCAUUCCGGAUCAACCUCUUUUUCCUUUCGAGAACACACUUUACUUUUAUAUGCAACAACGGGCGUAGAUUUAAUACACACACACACACACUAUUUGUUUCGAUUUGGGGACUCAACAUCUUGACCUCAGUGAUACUCACUGUGCUGUUUCCGUAUUGUAUCCCGACGAUUUUGUCAUGCUACUUUGUUUAAAUAUUUCAUGAUUGUUGUUUUAGUUGCACAUUUUAUACACCACAUGUUCGCAUUUUGUGUUUUUUUUUUUUUUAAAGUGCAUUUUGAGGUGCAACAUGUGCCAAAAACUUUUUUUUUUUCUCAAUUUUGCUAAAUUUCUAACAUUUUGAUGUCAAAGGGUGGAUGAAACUGUAGUUUACCAGCGAUAAUUAACACUUUCUUUACGACAAAAAAUGUUGUCCGGGGAUAUAUUAUGGUUCCAUUUCUACUAUUUAUAUUCAAAGGCCAACACUUGCAUUUUUACUUCCAGCUACACUCUAAAUUGUGCUUUCAAUUAGUAACUUGUGUAUUGAAAUUGCUUUAAAAAAAAAAAAAGAAAAUCCAAACAAGGUCCAGUGGGGAUACAUUCUGGCCAUUUACAAUGCAUUUCCUUUAUUUCUUGGCAUUUAAGGAAUAGUUGUAUUUUCACUUUACUUCCACUCACACUGGCCCUCAUUUACUAAUGUCCGACAACCAACCGGGAGGCAUACAAAUCCCCCUUUGGUGAAAUAUAUUUAUUCCCUACUAUCCAGUUCAACACCCAUCCAUUUUCUAUACCGCUUGUCCCCACGGGGGUGUCGUGCGUGCUGGAGGCUAUCCCAGCAGUAGGCGGGGGACAUCUUGAACUGGUUGCCAGCCAAUCGCAGGGCACACAGAGACAAACAACCAUUUGCACUCGCAAUCACACCUAGGGGCAAUUCGGAGUGCUCAAUCGGCCUACCAAGCAUGUUUCUGGGAUGUGGGAGGAGUGCCCGGAGAAAACCCACGCGGGCACGGGGAGAACAUGCAAACUCCACACAGGGAGGGCCGGAGGUGGAAUCGAACCCGCACCCUCCUAACUGCGAGGCGGACGUGAUAACCAGUGUUCAACAACUUGUGUCAUCUUUAUUUAUUGAUCGCCUCAUAAUUUAUUUUUCAAUGUGUGUUUACACUCUCGGAUUAAAGUUCGCCAUUGUUGUAUGUUGUUAUAUGUUUGCUACAAACCUUUCAAAAAUAGGACUGAAGGUAUAAAGGUCUCUCAGCUGGGUUUUUUUUGGGCCUGGUAUGAAUAUGUCCUGAGAUUGCGUAUAUUUUCAAAUUGUGCGCAGAGUACGAACAAUUCUACAUAUUUAUUAAUAAAUGAGGCCCAUUGUGUUUUCAUUCCCUUGUCAAUUUGAAAGCAUGAAAAAGAAGAAAGCCAGUGAGCUACAUUGUGUUCCUCUACAGUAAUCUAUAUUUGAUUUCUUUUGUGACCUUUCACCUCUGGAGUGUUGUUGUUUUGUCCAUGAGGAUGUUUUGUGCAUGUUUCCUUUGCUACUUUUGCAUAUCCCGAAAAGAAUGUGGGUUCGAAUGUGGGGUCUAGUUUACCAAAAGGGUCAGUAGAGAUUUAUUAGUACACACACAGCACUUUGUGGUACAGAUGUGUGUAUGCCUAAAAGUGAAGGUAUGUUGUCUGUCAACUAAGAGCGAUUUAUAUUGUUACACUUCUCUUCCUCACAAGUUAUUUUUCUAAGAGCAUUGUAGUAGGUGAAGUGACCAAAUAACUUGAAACUGGAACAAACUGGCUUCCGUCUCAAAUGGUUGCAUCACCAGCCUUUUUCUCGAAUGUCAACGCCGCUUCUUCUGUCCAUCAGCACAAGAGUUCAUAAUGCUGAUAUCUAUGAGCAUGAUAAAGGUGCCAGUAGGGUGUGUGUGUGUGCGUGCGUGUGUGUUAGCGCGUGUGUGUGUGUGCGCGUUCUUCCGAGCGGUAUGCACACCUUCCGUACAGCACUGUUUGUAUUACUAUUACAAAGUUUAAAGGGUAUUUUUUUUCCUCCUAACUAUUUUGC